AUGGCGAACACGCGACUGAUCGACACCCUACCAGUCCACUCUCGAAGGGCGAAAGAACUGCAGGUACUCUGCCUAGGGUUCAGCAGAACAGGAACACUGUCCUUAAAAAAAGCGCUCAUCAAGCUCGGAUACCGGCCAUAUCAUAUGUCGGAAGCGUUGAUAGCCACAAUACGACGAGAGCGGCACCUACAACUCUGGGAUGAAGCAUUGAAGGCAAAGUUUGAAGGCCAAGGCAAGCCUUUCACUCAAGAAGAUUUCGAUAAGUUCCUUGGGGACUUUGAUGUGCUGGAAGACAUCCCCAGCAUUUUGUUUGCCGACGAGUUCCUGGCCAUGUAUCCGAACGCAAAAGUGAUUCUCACUAAUAGGGAUGUGACAAGUUGGCUAGCGUCUAUGGACAAAACCUUCUCGACGAUCUUGACUUGGAAGACACUGCCAUUUCUUUGUGCACGAGAUCCGGUGUUAUGGGGCCCUUACGUGAACCUCGUCAACAAGAUCAUGGCCAAAUGGACGAAGGGUGAUCCCCGGGAUCGCGAAGCUCUUCGUGAGACAUUCUUGGAGCACUACCAAAAUGUCCGGUCCAGGGUUCCCAAGGAAAAGUUGCUUGAGUUCAAGUCGCAAGACGGAUGGGGACCACUGUGCAAGUUCUUGGGAAAGCCAGCACCGGAGGAGCCGUAUCCUAGGGCAAAUGAUGCGCAGUAUACUGUGAAGCUCCAUAAUUACUUGUACUGGGCGACAUUGUGGAAGCUGUAUUCAAAGCUAGGGGCCGCAUUCGGUGUUGGUUGCAUAGCUACAGGAGUAGGUUACUGGCUAUAUGGAUGAAGGGUUGG